GUCAAUAUACAGCGAUGAACAUUCCAUAAUAGAUGAGCGAGUAUAACAGUCAGUAUAUGUAAACAUGGCGGAAAAGAGUGACGGAAAUACCAGUGAAAAUAGGGAUAUAUUUAGUUUAAAUGAAUUUUGUGAAUGUUUUGAUUUACCAAAAUGGGUCGAAGUUGUUGGAGGUUCGGAUAUCGGGUCGUUGAAGAAAUCUGCGUGCAAUAUUCAGAAAGGAAUGAUUCUUUUGUUGAGGACGUUAGCGGUGGACAAUGUGACAUUAUCGUUUAACGAUGCAGAGGUGGGGAAAAAGAUAGUUCAAGUGUCUCCGAAUACUCAAGUUAAAUUUAACAUCUUACUUCCGUAUCCGGACUUUAAACGACCCGACAAACCUCGAACUGUUUAUAAAACAGUAGAAGAUUUGUUAAAAGUAUGUCCGACAUAUUUCAAAGCGAACAUAUUUUACGACGAUCCCUAUCUGCCGGCGAUCGUUAAAUCUGGCGAGGUUUUCAGAUUUGUACGACAGAUACGCCGUCCGUCCGACCGCCGGGUAUAUUUGCAAUGCAAGGACGCCGACGGCAAUGUAAUCGAACUACCUGCCGAAUGUCGAGGCGAUUUUACAGCAGAAGAAGACGAAAACUCCUACACCUUAAAGGAAAUACUCGAUCUUGGUCAAGUUGACCGGAAGUUGCAACUCUCAAAAGACCAUGUCAGUCUGAGUCUAGUCUCGGAUAUGGCGGACGGGGACGGGGCGAUGUACUCAAACAUGGGAGGGAGUAGUUCCGGUGACGUUCUACAGAGGAUUAUGGGACUGCCCCUGACCUACACCGGCCUCUUGACCUUCCACAGCCCCAACAUGUUCCUGGCCGCCUCCCCCAGCGAAUUUCAACAAGAUGUCUGGAAGGUCCCCCUCAGUCUUGAUAUUAAGGUGAAAACGUUUGUCACGGACGACUACGAGAUGCCAGUUUCCGGUUGCGAGAUUGAGGACGUUUCCGGUCAACCCCCACCCUUCAAGGUGUACACACUCAGCGAGCUUCUGGACACCUACCACGAAGAUUUCCCCGUCCUAGCCAGACUAGUCCAUUACAAGGACAUGCCAGUAGAGUUUAACCAUAGUCUGGAGCCAGGCUGUGAGUUAAUUAUCCACAAAAUUGAACGCCAUGACAGACUGUUGGCGCAGUCAAAAGAUUCGUAUUUUACUCUUGACAGGAAGAUGAAUGGACGGUUUAGAAAAGUACUCAGAAAAUUUUACGCAAUUAAGGAUCUUAAAGACGCGUUUUCAGAACAAUUGAACGAGGACUUAUUUGUAAAGGUCAUGCAAGAUGUGGCGUCUGACUCCCCUAUACAAUACUCGUUACAAAUGGGCGAUGUACUUAAAUUCAAAACUCUAGAAACCAAAAUGCACAAAGUGAAAUUAAAAUCGAAGUCUUAUGGCUCUUUUGCUGUCAUAAAUUGUGAGAAAAGAACAGAGAACUGGUCAUUUGAGAAAAUGAUGAUUCCAGCAGAUUUAGAAAUCGCCAUUCACGAAUUACCGUCUGCUUCGAAAGUGGAAGGGUUCUCGAUUGACGAGGUGUUUCGGCAUAGACCGGAACUCCCGAUUAAAGUCGAUUUUCUUGCCGAUUUCAAUACAAUGUGGACAUGUCUUCCGAUUUCUUCAGAAAUUACCGUCACAAACUUUGUAACUGAAGCUGUAGCAUUAAUUUCUCCUCUUCAAAACUUCGAACCAGACGAAGAACGACGCCAUAUUGAUAACCGAGUACGGGAUUGUCUUUUGGUUCCCGCGCGCCAUCAGAUGAUGUUGACUGUACAGCAGUGUCUUGGUUUUCCGCCUAACUACUUCAUGUUCCCAGACAAAAGUGUGUUUAUUGGAUGCCCUUUGGAAAAGAUCAGCAAGGAUUCGUUCGAGGAGCUGAUUCGCCAUAACGACAUGGCUUAUGAGGACUACGUAGCGGGAUCCCCGAACAGCACAGGAAGUGACGUCGUCCUACCGCAAAGGAAGAGCCAAUCAGACGAGACUAUAAACAAGCGUCUGUCGCGCUCCUUCGGUAACAUGAUGCGACAGGGUCCGCCACGCUUCUUCAGCAGGCUCAAGGACAAGGUCAAGGUCAAGGCCGACAAGCCGACAGGGGCUGCGGCCACGGCGAACGCGGUGGAUAAUCUGGUGUAUCAGGCAGGGUCCAUCCACAGUGAUGAUCCUUCCUUGUAUGAUGACGAAAACGUCUAUGAACACGUGGACAUCAAAAAGCACACGAAGAGCAAGAAGAGCUGACGUCAUACACUUGACGUAUAGAGGUUUCAAGAUGGGGCUUUGCUGAACACAAUUUGAGAUAGAAAUCAAAGUACAACGGCAUUCCAAUAUGUACAGCUGAAACAAGAAAAUAUUCAUUCAAGUUUAUUUAUGUAUUCGCAAUAUUUAAAGAUUUUUUUUCCAUAAGUGCGUGUUAUGCAUCAGUUUCUGUUAUGUGCUGCGAUUGCAGACGUGCUUGUGAGUUAAUGCGAAUGAAGGACAAAACAUCCCAUGGACAAAACCCGCCCAUGGCAUUUUUGAGUAGGUUGGCAAAACCCUCUACAUCAUUUUGAUAAGGUGGACAAAACAUCCCAGAUCAUUUUGCCAGGGUGGAAAAAACAUCCCAGAUCAUGUUGACGGGGUGGACAAAACAUCCCAGAUCAUUUUGACGGGGUGGACAAAACAUCCCAAAUCAUUUUGCCAGGGUGGAAAAAACAUCCCAGAUCAUGUUGACGGGGUGGACAAAACAUCCCAGAUCAUUUUGCCAGGGUGGACAAAACAUCCCAGAUCUUGUUGACUGGUCGGACAAAAGAUCCCAGAUCAUUUUGCCAGGGUGGACAAAACAUGGCAGAUCAUGUUGACUGGUCGGACAAAAGAUCCCAGAUCAUUUUGCCAUGGUGGACAAAACAUGGCAGAUCAUGUUGAUGGGGUGGACAAAACAUCCCAGAUCAUUUUGCCAGGGUGGACAAAACAUCCCAGAUCAUUUUGCCAGGGUGGACAAAACAUCGCAGAUCAUUUUGCCAGGGUGGACAAAACAUGGCAGAUCAUUUUGCCAGGGUGGACAAAACAUCCCAGAUCAUUUUGCCAGGGUGGAAAAAACAUCCCAGAUCAUGUUGACGGGGUGGACAAAACAUCCCAGAUCAUUUUGCCAGGGUGGACAAAACAUCCCAGAUCUUGUUGACGGGGUGGACAAAACAUCCCAGAUCAUUUUGCCAGGGUGGACAAAACAUGGCAGAUCAUGUUGACUGGUCGGACAAAAGAUCCCAGAUCAUUUUGCCAUGGUGGACAAAACAUGGCAGAUCAUGUUGAUGGGGUGGACAAAACAUCCCAGAUCAUUUUGCCAGGGUGGACAAAACAUCGCAGAUCAUUUUGCCAGGGUGGACAAAACAUGGCAGAUCAUUUUGCCAGGGUGGACAAAACAUCCCAGAUCAUUUUGCCAGGGUGGAAAAAACAUCCCAGAUCAUGUUGACGGGGUGGACAAAACAUCCCAGAUCAUUUUGCCAGGGUGGACAAAACAUCCCAGAUCUUGUUGACGGGGUGGACAAAACAUCCCAGAUCAUUUUGCCAGGGUGGACAAAACAUGGCAGAUCAUGUUGACUGGUCGGACAAAAGAUCCCAGAUCAUUUUGCCAUGGUGGACAAAACAUGGCAGAUCAUGUUGAUGGGGUGGACAAAACAUCCCAGAUCAUUUUGCCAGGGUGGAAAAAACAUCGCAGAUCAUUUUGCCAGGGUGGACAAAACAUGGCAGAUCAUGUUGACUGGUCGGACAAAAGAUCCUAGAUCAUUUUGCCAUGGUGGACAAAACAUGGCAGAUCAUUUCGCCAGGGUGGACAAAACAUCGCAGAUCAUUUUUACACUCAAGGCUCAUUAACAGUUUGAUAGCAAUCAUUUACAUUAAGAAUUUAUUUAACACUUUUUGAAAAACCACCUUUGUUGUGUUGAUAAAUUGGUGUCCAUACUGACAUUUAUGGGAUCUGAUGUCCAGGACGGGAUGUUGUUUCCACUAUGAUCUUCAAAAAGAUCAGGAAUGUUUUGUCCUCCUUGUCAAAAUGGUGUGGGAGGUUUUGUGCAUGGGAGGUUUUGUUUAUGAGAGGUUUUGUCCGGCCCCCGGUCUACGCGAAUGCAGAAGUGUCUAGUGGAAAAGCCCUCAGAACGGGUUUCCACGUUAAGUAGAUUCAUAGGAAACUAACCAAUCCAGUUUAUAUGUAUUGUUUGUAAUCUAUGUCGAUAAUGGUCAUUAACUCAUUAUGUAUAUCUGAAUUAAAUAAGAUAUUCA